UGGAGCUGUUUGAGGACAGUUUUUGGGAAGAGAACUCUGCCUUGCUGAGGGUCUGUGGAAGAGAUGCACUCGCCCCUUGCAAUGAUGAAACACGCAGACCUGCAUUUUCUCCUUGGAAUUAUCCUUUCUCCUGCGAUUGUGGCAACCUAUCCCGUUUCAGACCACGGGGCUCACUAUUCAAAACUGGUCUCAAGAAUCAACAGCUACAAACCUUUCCCGCAGCAGGUGAUCCUGCCGCAACAGCUUUGCAGUGGAGCUCGCCUGCCUUUUGCAGACAGCAGUGACAGUAGCGGUAGCCUAGGCUACUGGGCAAGUCGCUGCACGUUCCAGAGACUGCCCAGCCAAUGGCUCCACACAAUGGCAAAAACCCCCAGAAGGCAAACAGACAUGUUGGCAAUGAAGGCCCCAAACGUUCCGGCAUCCAGCACGAUGAAGCCGGGUGUAAGAGUAGACCUCCUUGGAGCCACAUCACCAUUUACUUUUCUGAAGAUCCACACUCCAAGCUACUUGCCGGCCCGGCCCAGUAGCAUUCCUGCUGCAUUCACUCACGCCAAGCCCUUGGGACCCGAUUCAGAGACCCGAGGAAGUGACUACCCAGUGAUUACGAGAGAGUCUCCUCUAGACAGCCUAGCUACAACACGCCCCACCUCUCAUACCACCAAAGAACCCAGAGGGGAUGCUUAACCAGAAAUCCACGCAUCCUGGUUCUAUAAAACAGCCCAUAUAUAACUGGGCUUCUGGUACUGAAGAGACAGCUAAUACCCAGGAGCAUUUCCGGUGUGAUUUGCAGCCGAUUCCAGAGAAAAUGUAGGGGGAACGGAGCAAGCCCAUUAAACAGGUUCAAAUGACACUUCUGUAACUUAUGCAUGCGACUUGAGAAAAUUUGCAUUGUUUAUUCCAAUUCUCUCAGUAAUAGAACUAUGCAAGCCAUGAAGCUCUGCCGCUAACCACUAUUCCUUCUUACUCAGCCACCCAUCAGGCUUCUGCAAUUUCAACAGGCCUUGCUCACGGUUUGGAGCGCAAGAUCACAGCUUAACCACUAGAAACCUAUAGGGAGCUAGAGUUCUCGGGGAAAGGAAUUCUGCCCUCGGUACUAUGUUGUUUCAUCGAAAAACAUGGGAUUCCUGACACAGGGAAGUGCAGAAUGAUGACGGCAGUAGCAGGGGAAAUGUGUGACUCUUGCCUCCUGUCUGUCCUCCGUAAGAUUUGACAGCAAGAUUUCCCACCCAUUCAUAAUUUCCAUUUAUUCCUAUUUUUCUCUCUUAAGGACACCCCAAUGGGGAACUAUACAUUUAAUUUAGCCAAGGAUGGGCCAUCUAGUUGCUGUUACACGGCAACGUCCAUCAUCCCUGACAGCAUGGCAGGAGCCGAAGGGAGUUUGAAAAGUGGCACAGUGCCCAUCUGAAAAGCCACAUAUAUCUCAUCCCUGAUUGCCCUUUGAUUUCCUGUGCUGGUUAGUCCUCCCACGGUGAAAAAUUGGUGAUGUUUUGCAAUUUCAGUCUUUCCUAAAUAAUAAUAAUAAAAAAGCAAAAGACACUUGAG